UCGACCGCUGUGAUGUCGCUGAUUAUUCUGGCUCUCUGCCUGCUGGCUUGUAUUCAACCUGGCAUAAAUGCAUAUCCAGCCAAGCCUGCCAGUCCCCGGGAAGGCGCACCACCUGAGGAGCUCGCCAAAUAUUAUUCUGCGCUAAGACACUACAUCAACCUCAUUACACGACAGAGGUAUGGGAAAAGAGACACUCCAGAUACUGUAUUUUCAGAUCUGUUGGUGAGGGAGAGCACAGAGAGUAUUCCAGGAUCUAACUAUGUCAGAUAUGAUGGGGUGCCACUGUGGUGAUGCUGCUGGAGCUGUCAUAUCGAGUCUGACUACCACAAAGCUGCUGCCACGUCUGUUACUGACAUG